GACCUUUCUUUGCAAAGUUAUGGAAUUUACAAGAAAAGCCCUAAAUUUAUUUGUUAUUUCUGUAGCUUUGAGGUGAUAAUUAACAUUUAGGGCUUUUCUUGUAAAUUCCAUAACUAUGCAAAGAAAGGUCGUGUAGAGUUGGGUAAUAUCUCAUUUUAAUCAAAAAUUCGUGGGCUAUAAUUGUGCCUUAUUAAGAAAGGCUUUGGUUAUUUUUCAGAGUUUCUGAAAAACUGGUUUUCCAGAUAAACAGUCUCUGAUGAUCUAUAGGCAAUUGCCAUGGUCAUAUUCAGCAUCAGCAUAGUCGAUAACCUAUAAUUCACUAGAUCUCAUUGAAAACAGAAUUUGACACUUAAGUCGGUUCUCUCGUAAGUAUGAGUCUUUGUUUUACAAACCCUUCUGUUGUGAAUCUAAACCAAUGUAGUUUUUUCUUUUUUGUUUAUUUUUAGUAUGCUGGAGGCGGCAAACUCUCGUGAUGAAUUAUAUAAAAUCUCUCGUAAUGGCCAAGAUGUGAUGAAUUUAAUAUCGGAGUCAAAAAAGCCAAUUGUAGCUGCUAUUUCUGGAUCUUGUUUGGGUGGCGGAUUCGAAGUAGCACUUGCAUGUCAUUAUCGUAUUGCUGUCAAUGAUAAACGCACAGGAUUUGGUGUACCUGAAGUUAAACUUGGAUUAUUGCCAGGUGCUGGUGGUACUCAACGUCUUAUUCAAAAACUAUCGUUACAAGAUGCACUGGGUUUACUAUUGACCGGAAAAGAAGUAAAAGCAAAAAAAGCAAAAAGUAUGGGUUUAGUUGAUGCUCUUGUGGAACCGCUUGGUCCGGGAGUUGGUGAACCAGAACAAAAAAAUAUGGAUUAUUUACAAUCAAUCGCUAUCCAAAAAGCAAAACAAUUGACAGUGAAAAAGGAUGAAAAGAAAUCGCUAGGAUUUAUAGCAAGUUUAAAGAAUAGGGUGAUGACAAGUUCAUAUGCUCAAGAUUUUAUAUUAAAAAAAGCAAAAUCUGGUGUUAUGUCACAAACAUCGGGAUUAUAUCCAGCUCCACUAAAAAUAUUAGAUGUAGUUAAACAAAGUUUAGAAAGUGGUUCAAAAGUUGGUUAUAAUGCUGAAGCUGAUGGUUUUGCUGAAUUAGGCAUGACACAAGAAUCAAAGGCUUUAAUUAGUUUAUUUCAUGGACGUACAGAAUGUAAGAAGAAUAAAUAUGGGAAACCAGAACGAGAAGUCAAGUACGUAAAUAAAACUUGGUUAAAAAAUAUCAAAUUGAAAACAAAUCUUACAUCAGCU